AUGCUAUCACCACCAGGCAUCCUGCAUGCGACCGCCGUCGAACGGUCAGCCAUCGUCGAUACCUACUUAGAGAGCACUCAACUCCAGGGAGGCCUCGAGGCGUAUUGGUCGACGUUGAUGUCAUCCACGUGUUUAUCGCCAAACCCAUACCCGCAACUGUUACGGCACUUUCGUUCGCUCGAAGGCCAGUCCGAGCCACAAGAAUUCCGCCCCAGUGCCGUGCAAAGCAUCAACGUUCCUCCAAACAGCCUCAACGUCGGGUCUGUCGCCGGCGGUGUAUUUGGACACGCUCGCUUGCUUUCCCGCAUCGAUGGGCCGAGCCUCAUGCACCUCUCCAAACGCUUGGGGUGUACGUGGUACAAGCAGCAACGCGACGACAGCUACAAGGCCACUGUCAUGACCAGCCUCGUGGGUCCUGCUGUCCUCCACGGCAAGGGCUACCUUGCUGACGUUCACUCGGUGCAACUUGAGCAGCAUGUCCUCGUGGAAGGUGAAAAGUUGGAGCGCGCCAUCACUGUCUUUGCCCAGCUGAUCGCCAAAGACGCAUACGACAACCAAACGUCCGCUACGAUCAUGAACCAAGGAGUGUGGGUUACCAUCCCGUCGUUCAAAAAGAGCGACAGGCACACGGAAAAGCUGUGGACCCUAGACGCGAUCCAGUCGUGUCGAGUCGCGUUCAUCAGCGCCGUGAAAACCGCCGUGGCCGCGCGCGUCCCAUGUUACGUCGUGGAAUUCCGCCACUCGUCGACAAAUUCCGAACGACGACCAUCGUCGCCACGUCAUGACGAUGGACAAACCGGAUCAGGCGUGUCCUACGUGCGAGUCCACCGGACAUUUGUGAUGCAUUUCAAGCCCCCUAACGAACCAACCAGGUCGUUCAGUGUCAAUCAGCUCCGCCCAUUACUGGAAGGAGUGUUUUUCACUGAAGUGGCCAUGACGACGUACAUAUCCGUGGUGCUGCAAGGAGACGACACUGCUGCUGCUACUGUCGCGUUCACCAAGCCAUUCGUCACGUCCGUUCUGGACCACUACACGACUGGCAACUACUUGGAAAUGAUGUAUGCGUUGGUGCAUCACAUUUGCGUGAACGAGUCGUCCUUGGAUGUGAUGCCCCAGCUGUGUCGUGUCACAUGUGGGCUCCCAGGUCAGCUGGUUCAACUAGCUCGGACCAGUGCAUUGAUGCACGAGAUGCUACAGUUGCAUGUGUCGAACCCCGCCAUCGCGCACCUCCACGCGGUUCCUCUAAGAGAGUGGCUGACCGAGUUUGCCGCCCAUGCGACCACUUUCCUGGGCCAAAACACGCACUCUCGAUUCCUCGGGGUCCGUCAGAGGCUUGACCGGCUCGUUGCAAGCGUGUGUGACGUGCCUGAGAGGUUUAUGGCGGAGGUUGCAACCGUUUCGAUCGUCAUGGACGCGUGCAAACACAUCGAAAUGUUGGUGAACCAUGUCGCGCAGUGUGUGACGCGGGACAUGAUGGAGACCAUGUCAUGCGACAGAGUUUCACAUCCAAUCUACGUCGCGAAUGAAAUGGCCCAACUGGCUGCGAAAGUCGACUCGUUAAAGUCCAGCAAAUCCAAGCCAAAGCCACCGGCUCCAGAUUCCAAGAUUAUUAUUACAUCCGUGAUAGUAGAGCCUCUGAAAUCGACAACGACAGUGUACGGGAUUGACGUGGAGCAGGAAGUGCAAAGUGCAGUUGGAGCCCUCGCGUACCCCCCACGGAUAAUCCGUGAAGCAGUGUACAUGCAGUACAUUGUCGAUACGCGCCUGGAUGUGGCCGUGGAGUCGGCCAUCGCGUCCAUCCUCGUCGAUGGCAUGCCGGGGAAUCCGUUUCCUUCAUUGAUUAAGCACCUUCGAGCAUUUGCCAGUCGACAUGCCAUGUCCCUAACGGCUAAAGCACCACAGCUCCCAGAGGUGCAAGCGGUUUUACGAAGUACCGCCAACAAGGACAACUGCGACGACGUCGAGUCUUGCAAUCGCAUUGUCGAAUCUCACGGGUUGUUUGGAACGCCGUACAGUUUGUCGUAUGUUCCCAGGAGUCUUGUAUCCAUGGCAGCGAAACUACAAUCCUGGCCUUUGUUCCCUCUGCACUACAGCUCCCCCAGUGCCCUCUUCACCGUGCAAACUUGGACAUCGUUGUACCUUCGACGGUAUUACAGCUGGCUAGAACAAGAGCCGAGUCAAGUGGACUUGAUCGAACACUUUCAAGUGACCAGCCUGCACCCGACGUUGCAGUUGACUUUGAAAGCGUCCGAGGUAUUCAGCGACGCUGUCUUGCAAGACGCGCUAGGUCUAGGGGAUCACCCUCACAUAGCACUUGUGUGGCUACAAACAGCAGAAGAGAAUAAUGAUCAUAUACGGUUCAAAGUGGACGGGGACGAAGUGAAACGGCAGCGCGACGUGGUGCGCCGUCGAGUGGAAGAUGCGAUCCGCUUAAAACAGUCGGUGCAGGUGUGUGUCUACCAUGCCCACACCCUAGUGGUCAAAACGUAUGUGCUGCACGUACUCGAUGGCAACAAUCGUCGCCGCUGCUUUGCUCCGUCGUGGCUUCGGUCGCCCCAGGCACCCCAGGUGUGCUUUCACAAACAAAGUGCUGAGUGGACCUGUGGUUUAAUGGACAUACCGUCGCCUUCUGACGCCUUGGCAAGGAAUAAUACCGAAGAUGAUGACGAUCUUGUGGAUGCGUACGAUCGAAUGUUUCGACAAGGCAUUCGACAUCCCCAUUUGUUUGCAUCCACUGAGCCAGCGUUGCGAGCCAUGUAUACGUCGCCCGUCGUGGCACUGAAAGCACUGGAAAGCCAAGGCCACGUGUAUGCGACGGUGUGCAGGACAAAGAUACCUCUAAGUGACUUCAAAGACGGCAUUGAACGAUGGAUCGCUAACAUCCAAACUGCCAUCGACACCCCCGCCACGCUCGACAUGCUGUGGCUGUUUGCGAGUUGGAAAUUCCCACUGGAACGUGCGCUGGCAGCCAGAUCCAUGGCACACAUUCAAAACCUCAUUGAGGGGCUCACAGGGUUUGUGCUUGCGAUGCGACUCGAAGGUCAGCACGAUGUGCAUCUCAAUAAUAGAUUGCCUGGCAUGCAACGUGCCAACUAAAAUUCAUACACCGCUACGGAAUUUGC